AUAUUAAUAAUCGAACUUUAAGUUAUAAAUUAGAUUGUUUUAUAAAGAAAAAAAAUAUAUUUAUAUAACAUCCGGCAACAUUGUAGGAAGAAAACAGCUGAUUGUCAAGAAGAUUAAACACAAACAUUUAAAAGGCACUUUUUAGUUUAUUUUAAAUGCUUUUCAUUUUACAUAAAUAAACCAAUAUUUUGUAUUUAAAAUAAUGUCACAUAUUCAAUAUAUAGAUGAACUAAUUCGGGAGUAUUUAGUAUUCCGUGGAUUUGCCUCAACAUUAAAGAAUUUCGAUGCAGAUUUGAAAUUGGACAAAGAUAAAAGCUUCAGAGUGGAUAAAAUAAUCGAUCAAUUAAUUCACUUAAUAUCAGUUUACGACCUAAAUGGACUUCGGGAACUAUGGGCCCAUUUCGACAAGAAUAUUUUCACCAAACUUGAAAGUCAUUUUGCACCAAGUGUAAAGAAACUAGAAACUGCAGUACUAAAAUUGUACUUGGUCAAUGCAGUAACCAAUAAUAAGCCAGAUAAGGUAAUAGAUUUCUUUUUAAAGAUGACUCCAGAGUUACAAAAUCAAAAUGACUGGAAAGAUUGGUUCGUUUUACCAUAUAUAAAAAAUCCAGAGGAAAAUCCUACCUUUGCAUUAAACUUUACAAAACAGUGGCAAGAUACUGUGUUAGUAUCUUUACACAAUUUUCUGGCAACUGUAUUUCAGCAUAUGCCCACACCUACACUCAUUAACUUUGAAGAAGAUUCAAAUAAAAUUGCCAAAUUAGAGCAAAAGAACGAAUCGUUGAAAAACCGUUUGGCUUUGCUCAUUGACAGGGGUUCCGAGACAAAUGUAACGCCUUGCCAAGUGGAUCCACCAAGCCAUUUGUUAGAUGACUUCUACAUUAUAGCUCAGGAGACUAAUAAUGCGGAUAGUCAAGGCAAAAGUUUGAAAAACCUAAUUAGAAAUAUGGGAAGCGGUUCCAGUCCAAUCAUGGGCAGAAAAGAAAGUGUACAAGUGAAAAAACGGACACUAUCAGUAAACAGAAGUACAAAAUCCGGACACUUUAACGAUUCUUAGUGUACUGAACAGUGUUUUUUGUGGUAUAUAUUAUUGUAAAUAAGGUUGAUAUUUAAUAAAAUCAAAAAUUAGU